AGCACGUUGAACUCAGGCAUGCGCCCGGAUUUGAUCUCUCUAUCUUCCUGCCUUUUAUAUGAAACCCCGUAAGGUCACCUUGGCUCAGUUUGAAUAGGAUUCGGGAUUUAGGUUUUUCAGCGCGACCGGGUUUUUGUGCGAAUUUUGAGUAUAAGAUUUUGAGGAAGAGUGUAGUUCUAAAACAAAAAACGAUCCGAAAAGACGUAAAAAUGGUCGACACGAAAAAAGCCCUUUUGUCCAUGAUCUCGCAACCAGCCGAAGAUUCCGGCAACAAAGUGACAGUUGUCGGUGUAGGACAAGUGGGAAUGGCUUGUGCGUUCAGUAUUUUAUCCCAGGGCGUCUCAAGCGAAGUCGUCCUGGUGGAUGUGAUGGCUGAUAAACUCAAAGGCGAAAUGAUGGAUCUCCAGCACGGCGCUUUGUUUCUCAAAAACGCUAAAAUCCUUGCUAGUACUGAUUAUGCUAUCACUGCUGGAUCGAAGCUGUGCAUCAUUACUGCAGGUGUGAGACAGAAAGAAGGCGAAUCUCGUCUGGACCUAGUCCAACGCAACACGGACGUCCUCAAAAACAUCAUACCCAAACUGGUCGAGUAUUCGCCAGACACCAUUUUGCUGGUAGUCAGUAACCCAGUGGACAUUCUCACCUACGUGGCCUGGAAACUGAGCGGUCUACCCAAACACCGCGUCAUCGGUUCAGGCACCAACCUAGACACUUCCAGAUUUCGGUUUUUGGUUUCGCAAAAACUCGGCGUGGCUCCUGGCAGCGUUCACGGUUGGAUUAUCGGCGAACAUGGAGAUUCUAGCGUUGCUAUUUGGUCUGGUGUGAAUGUGGCCGGUGUGCGCCUAAGGGAAAUCAACCCUGCGAUCGGCACAGAGCAAGAUACUGAAAACUGGAAGGAUAUCCACAAGCAAGUGAUCAAUUCCGCCUACGAUGUUAUCAGGCUGAAAGGUUAUACUUCGUGGGCUAUUGGUUUGAGUGUGGCUUCUUUGGCUUCGAGCAUUUUGAGGAACUCGAAUAAUGUUCAUGCUGUUUCCACUUAUGUAAAGGGCAUGCACGGAGUGCAAGAAGAAGUUUAUCUGUCAGUGCCAGCAGUGAUCGGUACCCAUGGAAUUUCACACACAGUCACUCAGACCUUGUCCAAAGACGAAAUAUUCAGUCUCCAAAGUUCAGCUACCAAGAUGUCUGUAGUACAGAACAAAUUGGAAUUUUAGUGACAAGACUGUAAAAUUGUAUUGAUUGGAUUUAUAAGAUAAUGUGCAUUUAAUAAAGCGUCCAGAUAAAUUAUAAAAUAUCUCAGGGAACAUUCAGGCUUUUAAGUUAGCCCAAUUAUUAUUAUUUACGCCAUAUUCCUAUUUUAAGUUUUACUAUUUUUAUUAUUAUUUUUUUAAAGAUUAUUGUGAUGUGUGUUAAUUUAAUUCUACUAACUACUAACGCUAAUUUCUAUGUUAUAAUUAUAGCUCUAUAGCUAGCUCAACUUAUGAUCUGAUCAUUAGGAGGUGGGGUCCUUAUUCUCGAAUCAGAGAAGCAGCGUUCUCAUGAGAAAGAAUGUUCACUGUCUUCGUCGUCCAUAUCAUAUUUCCAUAACACGGAAAAAGACAGAGAGCAAUCGUUCUCAUGAGAACGCUGUUCCUCGGUUUCGAGAAUAGAGGUCCACACCGCUGAAGAUUAUUCCCUGUAAAUGCAUUAUUUUUUAUAGCUAUAUACCAAUUUUAUCAUAAUAAAUUUGUUCUAAUAA